AUGCCGAUAAGAACGUCUUUCCGCGAGAAUUCCACUUUCGCAAGUCCUGAAGCUGCCUUUGGUUGUGGCAUUGUCCCCCAGAUGCCACGGAAUCAGAGUCCCUGGGAUUCGUAUCGGCCUGUGAUCAAAGUUCGUCAAGGCUGUGCCGCCAUCAUGGCAGUGCACCGAUCCGGAGAUCUCAAACGGUAUGCUAUCAGCACUAUCUCACGCUCUCAUAAGGAGAAAUAUCUACAAGCUCUGCAAAAGCUACGGCUAGGUAAGAAUUCGUCUUUGUUGAAUAUAAUCGAAAUGAUGGACUGGAAGAACGGAUUCUUUAUUGUUUCAGACUACGUCGACGUCUGCUUGGCUCAGGUUCUAGCGUGCCAAAAGACCCCAGAGGAGUCAGAGGUGUCGUUCGUCCUGAAUGAGGUACUGGAUGCGCUCGUGCUUCUGGAACGUUGGGGCUUAACCCACGGCUUUGUUGAUGCGCAACACAUUCUCCUGACACUGGAUGGGGGAGUCAAGUUGG